CAUUUGAAAACUCGGGCACUGCCCAAGGGCCCGGGGUCAGUAGGGGGCCCCAUGAGAUGCCCCUGGUACCUUUUUCAUAGUUUUUUUUUAGGCUUUUUUGAGUUUGGGCAAGGACACAGGGGCCCCAUGAUCCCCUAUUGUCCGGGGGCCCCAUGAAUUGUCAGUCCGCCCCUGCUCAGGGCUGAAGGGACAGAACUACAAACCUUUUAGCAAAUGUACGUCAAUGUACAUCAGCAUGCAACGCAA